CCAACUUCCGGGUACGUUUCACAAUCGACAACGCACACAUUCACCGUCAUGUCUCUCGGCAAAGCUAGCUGGACUUUAUUGAACCCUCUCCGGGGGGUUCUGCGGCCCUCGGCUUCUGUUUUAAAUCGGAGCUACGCGGCUCUUGCUGAAGCCAGAGCGGUGUUAAACGGCGAGCUCGAGUCUAUUCGCUUGGCCGGGACUUGGAAAGCCGAGAGGGUGAUCACGUCCAAGCAGGGACCGCACAUCAACGUGGAGGGAAGCCGUGGCAGCAUUUUAAACUUCUGUGCCAACAACUAUCUUGGACUAUCCAGUCAUCCGGAAGUGGUGCAAGCAGGGAUUGACGCGCUGAAAUUGUAUGGCGCCGGAUUGAGCUCAGUCAGAUUUAUCUGCGGUACUCAGGAUUUGCACAGAAACCUGGAGCAGAAGUUGGCAGAGUUUCACGAGAGGGAGGACUGCAUCCUCUAUGCCAGUUGUUUUGAUGCCAACGCUGGACUAUUUGAGGUUCUGCUGGGCCCGGACGAUGCUGUGUUGUCGGAUGAACUUAACCACGCCUCCAUUAUUGAUGGCAUCCGUCUGUGCCGGGCAAAAAGAUUGCGCUACAAACACAUGGACCUCGGUGAUUUGGAGCGCAAACUCAAGGAGUCUCAGUCAUGUCGUAUGCGGCUGGUGGUGACGGAUGGGGUCUUCUCAAUGGAUGGAGAUGUGGCUCCAUUAACAGGAAUCUGUGACCUGGCUGAGCAGUACGGGGCGAUGGUGUUCAUCGAUGAAUGCCACGCCACGGGUUUCCUUGGGCCGCGUGGCAGAGGAACCGAUGAGCUGCUGGGAGAAAUGGACCGAGUUCAUAUCGUAAACUCCACUCUGGGAAAAGCACUGGGAGGUGCAGCUGGUGGCUACACGGUGGGACCAAAGCCCCUCAUUGACCUCCUGAGGCAGCGGUCUCGGCCUUACCUCUUCUCCAACUCCCUCCCUCCACCCGUGGUGGGCUGCGCCACGCGGGCUGUCGAGCUGCUCCUCGCCUCCAGUGAGAUUGCGCAGAGCAUGUCAGCAAAAACCAUGAGGUUCCGAAACAAGAUGACGCAGGCCGGCUUCACCAUCUCGGGUUCCGCUCACCCGAUCUGUCCGGUGAUGCUCGGUGAUGCACGGCUUGCCUCUCUCAUGGCAGAUGAUAUGUUGAAGCUCGGAGUGUACGUGAUUGGAUUUUCCUUCCCCGUCGUACCGAAAGGCAAAGCCAGAAUCCGUGUUCAGAUUUCAGCCGCGCACACAGAUGAAGACAUCGACCACUGUGUCGACGCCUUCAUUCAGACGGGCAGAAAGCAUGGAGUUAUUUCCUGAAAGAAAUGACUACAGUAUUCGGAGAACCAACCAAACAGGUGCUCCUUCAGAUGUGGUUGCCUGUUACCUAUGGCCUAUGCGAAUAAUGGCGAUGAUUUCUCUCUGGCAACUUUGUGUCCUGUUCAGGCAGGGUUUGGCUGCCUGAGAGUGAAAUAAAGUGAAAGAACGCUUGCCAUUGAA